AUGACGAACAACGUGGCCGACCACCACCCCGGGAACUCGGUUGCUGAAGGCAACCAUGAGGGGGACUUUGGUUGCUCCAUGGUGGAGCUCAGGAACCUGAUGGAGCUGAGGAGCGCCGAGGCGGUCGCCCGGCUCAAUGACUCCUAUGGUGGCGUGCAGAACGUCUGCAAGAGGUUGAAGACGUCGCCGGUUGAAGGCCUGUCUGGGAACCCGACGGACCUGGAGAAGAGGCGGCAGGUCUUCGGCCAGAACUUCAUCCCUCCCAAAAAAGCCAAGACGUUCCUGCAGUUAGUGUGGGAGGCGCUGCAGGACGUCACACUGAUCAUCUUGGAAAUCGCAGCCAUAAUCUCCCUGGGCCUGUCCUUCUACCACCCGCCGGGUGGUGACAAUGAACUGUGCGGGCAGUCGACGGGCGGCGUGGAGGACGAGGGCGAGUCGCAGGCCGGCUGGAUCGAGGGGGCGGCUAUCUUGUUCUCGGUGAUCAUCGUGGUGCUGGUGACCGCUUUCAAUGACUGGAGCAAGGAGAAGCAGUUCCGGGGCCUCCAGAGCCGCAUCGAGCAGGAGCAGAAGUUCACGGUCAUCCGCAAGGGCCAGGUGAUCCAGAUCCCGGUGGCCGAGAUCGUGGUGGGAGACAUCGCGCAGAUCAAGUACGGUGAUCUCCUGCCAGCAGACGGGAUCCUGAUCCAAGGCAAUGACCUGAAGAUAGAUGAGAGCUCCCUGACCGGGGAGUCAGACCAAGUCAAGAAAUCGCUGGAUAAAGACCCCAUGCUGCUGUCGGGUACCCACGUGAUGGAGGGCUCCGGCAGGAUGGUGGUGACUGCCGUGGGGAUCAACUCCCAGACAGGAAUCAUCUUCACUCUCUUGGGUGCGGGAGAAGGAGAUGAGGAAAAGAAGGUGAAGAAAGGUAAAAAAACCGGAGCCCCCGAAAAUCGCAACAAAGCUAAAACUCAGGAUGGUGUGGCCUUAGAGAUCCAGCCCCUGAAGAGCCAGGAAGGGGUGGAAAACGAGGAGAAGGAGAAGAAGAAGGUGAAGGUGCCCAAGAAGGAGAAGUCGGUGCUGCAAGGGAAGCUCACGCGCCUGGCGGUCCAGAUCGGGAAGGCGGGGCUGAUCAUGUCGGCCAUCACGGUUAUCAUCUUGGUGCUGUACUUCGUCAUCGACACGUUCGGGGUGCAGGGGCGGCCCUGGCUGGCGGAGUGCACCCCCAUUUACAUCCAGUACUUCGUCAAGUUCUUCAUCAUCGGCGUCACCGUGCUGGUGGUGGCCGUGCCUGAAGGGCUCCCGCUGGCCGUCACCAUCUCCCUGGCCUACUCUGUGAAGAAAAUGAUGAAGGACAACAACCUCGUGAGACACUUGGAUGCGUGCGAGACCAUGGGCAACGCCACCGCCAUCUGCUCGGACAAGACGGGCACCCUCACCAUGAACCGCAUGACCGUGGUGCAGGCCUACGUGGGGGACACCCACUACCGCCAGAUCCCCGACCCCGAAGCCAUCCUGCCCAAGAUCCUGGACCUCAUAGUCAACGGUGUUGCCAUCAACUCGGCCUACACGUCCAAGAUCCUGCCACCCGAGAAGGAAGGGGGGCUACCCCGGCAAGUGGGGAACAAGACCGAGUGCGCCCUGCUGGGUUUCGUGCUGGACCUGAAGCAGGAUUACCAGGCUGUGCGCAACGAGGUGCCGGAGGAGAAGCUCUACAAGGUCUACACCUUCAACUCGGUGCGCAAGUCCAUGAGCACGGUGCUGAAGAACGGCAACGGCGGCUUCCGCAUGUACAGCAAGGGAGCCUCCGAGAUCAUCCUCCGCAAGUGCACCAAGAUCCUGGACAAGAACGGCGACCCCCGGGUGUUCAAGGUGAAGGACCGGGAUGAGAUGGUGAAGAAGGUGAUCGAGCCCAUGGCGUGCCAUGGCCUGCGGACCAUCUGCCUGGCCUUCCGCGACUUCCCCGGCGACGCCGAGCCGGACUGGGACAGCGAGAACGAGAUCCUGUCUGACCUGACCUGCAUCGCUGUGGUGGGGAUAGAGGACCCCGUGCGGCCAGAGGUGCCAGACGCCAUCCUGAAGUGCCAGCGUGCGGGCAUCACCGUCCGGAUGGUGACAGGGGACAACAUCAACACCGCCCGUGCCAUUGCCACCAAAUGUGGCAUCCUGCUGCCCGGGGAGGACUUCUUGUGCCUGGAGGGGAAGGAGUUCAACCGGCUCAUCCGCAACGAGAAGGGAGAGGUGGAGCAGGAGCAGCUGGACAAGAUCUGGCCCAAGCUGCGUGUGCUGGCGCGCUCCUCCCCGACGGAUAAGCACACCCUUGUGAAAGGCAUCAUCGACAGCACCGUUGGUGACCAGAGGCAGGUGGUGGCCGUGACCGGGGACGGGACCAACGAUGGCCCGGCUCUGAAGAAAGCGGACGUUGGCUUUGCCAUGGGCAUCGCGGGCACGGACGUGGCGAAGGAGGCUUCGGACAUCAUCCUGACGGACGACAACUUCACCAGCAUCGUCAAGGCGGUGAUGUGGGGCCGCAACGUCUACGACAGCAUCUCCAAGUUCCUGCAGUUCCAGCUGACCGUGAACGUGGUGGCCGUCAUCGUGGCCUUCACGGGCGCCUGCAUCACGCAGGACUCUCCCCUGAAGGCCGUCCAGAUGCUGUGGGUCAACCUGAUCAUGGACACCUUCGCCUCCUUAGCCCUGGCCACUGAGCCCCCGUCCGAGUCCCUGCUGCUAAGCAAGCCGUAACGCCGCACGCUCAUCUCCCGCACCAUGAUGAAGAACAUCCUGGGCCACGCCGUGUACCAGCUCACCAUCAUUUUCACGCUGCUUUUUGCCGGGGAGAAGUUCUUUGACAUCGACAGCGGCCGGAACGCCCCCCUGCACUCGCCCCCCACCGAGCACUACACCAUCGUCUUCAACACCUUUGUCAUGAUGCAGCUGUUCAACGAGAUCAACGCCCGCAAGAUCCACGGGGAGAGGAACGUCUUCGAGUCCAUCUACCGCAACCCCAUCUUCUGCACCGUGGUGCUGGGGACGUUUGCAGCUCAGAUCAUCAUCGUGGAGUUCGGUGGGAAGCCGUUCAGCUGCUCUGGGCUCACCCUGAGCCAGUGGUUCUGGUGUAUUUUUAUCGGAGUGGGAGAGCUCCUCUGGGGCCAGCUGAUCUGCACGGUCCCAACCAGCCACCUCAAGUUCCUGAAGGAGGCCGGGCACGGCAUCACCAAGGAGGAGAUCCCAGAGGAGGAGCUGCCUGAAGACGUGGAUGAGAUCGACCACGCCGAAAUGGAGCUGCGGCGCGGGCAGAUCCUGUGGUUCCGGGGUCUCAACAGGAUACAGACGCAGAUCAAAGUGGUGAAUGCGUUCCGUAGCUCCUUGUACGAAGGCCUCGAGAAACCCGAAUCCAGAAGCUCCAUCCAUAACUUCAUGACUCACCCAGAGUUCAUCCUGGAGGAAGACGAGCCUCGAACACCAUUCCUUGACGGCGCCGAAGAUGACCCCGAGACCGACGGACUCAAAAAGCGAGGUGGGGGUAGCCUGGGUGGAUCUGCAUCCCUCAACAGAAAUAACAAUGCAGUGGACAGCGAUCGAGCUGAGGUCACCGUCCCGGAGCCCGAAAGCCCCUUACACAGCUUGGAGACAUCGGUUUGA